AUCCCAACACGCGCGUGUAGUUCAAAUCGGGCUUGUGUAGCAAGUAUUCUGCAGACAAGUUGUCGAUCGUGCUUACUGAAGUUAAGUUUGUGAGAAUACAAUGGGGAAAUCUAAAAAGAAGCCUCGCAAGCGUAAGACCUCUAAUUGCAACAAGGACAGAAACAAACUGCAAAAGAAGAAAAGGGAUAAACUAGUACCAGGUUUUGAAUGUGCACAGAUGAAAAAAACAUGGGACAACAAGAAAACGGUCCAGGAGAACUUGAGAGAGAUGGGGCUACCGCAUGACUCCAAAUCCAUGUCGCUCAUUCGUCAGCCCAAGAUGGAGAAGGUGAAGAAACAGUGCCACGUCCAGAUACACUGCAUGGCAGAGGAGCUGUCAGCUCUCCAGCUGCAGGAAGGUGCUGAUAAGGACUCGCAGAGUGGGCGAGCCCGCCGGGAGAGGAGGAAAGCAGUGGAGGAGGAACUUGACAAGAUGUACAAAGAGGGGAGCAGUGAAGUGGCGGUCCCAUGUCAACAGUGCCUGAUCGCUGAGCGGCUAAAGGACGAUAUGCACCUCACCCUCCAGAGCACACAGGCCAAGAUGAAGAACAUGGAGAUGGAUCAUGCAGUGGAACUGUCACGGUGCCGAGGCGAGAUGCGGCGUCUGCAAAUCUCGUUGGAGGCCACUUGUGCUCGUGAUGAGCAUAGCGCCACCUUCGAGGAGCGUUUAAUAGAUCUGCAGCAGGAGAACCAGCAGCUCCUGAAUGAGAUAGAGAGGCAGCGCAAAGCCAAACUGAAGUACCAUCAGCAGGUGGCUGAGUACCAGGAGAGGAACGACCAGUUGCAGAGGCGUCUAUCUGAAGCUGAGCAGAGGGUAGCCACAGCCACACAGGAGCUUAACAUGUUACAAAGACGGAAAGAUGCUUCUCUAUCAGAUCUGGACACAGUGUCAUGAGUGGAAAGAACACAUCUUUCUUCCCUUCACCCAACCCACCAUUUCCUUAAAAAAAUGAAAUAAUAAAAAAAUCUACAAAGAA